GCUCUAAGCUGCUAGAAGUGCCAAAUUUAAUUUUUUAGGCGGCUCUUAAGGCGACCCGGAAGCGGAAGUGGGAGAAAGUUCUAGUGGGUUGAGGUAUCGGCGGGAGCAGCCGGCGGCGGCGGGAGGAGCCGUUACGGGAGCUGGAACUGCCGAUUAAUCCUGAUCAAGAUGACAACCUCCCAAAAGCACCGAGACUUCGUGGCAGAGCCCAUGGGGGAGAAGCCAGUGGGGAGCCUGGCCGGGAUCGGCGAAGUCCUGGGCAAGAAGCUGGAGGAAAGGGGCUUUGACAAGGCUUAUGUGGUCCUUGGCCAGUUUCUGGUGCUGAAGAAAGACGAAGACCUCUUCCGGGAAUGGCUAAAGGACACAUGUGGCGCCAAUGCCAAGCAGUCCCGGGACUGCUUCGGGUGCCUUCGAGAGUGGUGCGACGCCUUCUUGUGAUGCUCUCUGGGGAGCCCCCCGUCCCUAACGCCAGCCUUGAGUCUUCAGAGUUUGCAGCUGAGUGGGGGCUACUCCCUUGUCCUCUACCAAGGAAGCGAUUGCUGUCUGCUCACCACCGAUGUCCGGGUCUCGGGGGGAGUUCUCUCCCCUCACCA